UUUCUGGAUUUGCCAUGCUGCGCUCGACCCUUCUCCUCGCCCUUGCCCUCACGUCCGCCUCGGCGGUCGAGGUCUGCAACACGGAGCAGACCAAGUCCUGGACGACCUUCCUCCAGACGCCCGUCGACGUGUCGUGCACGAACGGCGUCGCCGCCAUCACGCUCCCGGUGCAGUUUUUCAGCGGCAACAACUCGACCAACUCGACCGCGUGCCCGAACCAGACGUGCUUGACCUACUUUGAGAACAAGCUCUCAGCGCUCCCGAUGUGCGCCGUGAACGGCUCCUCGACCGACCUCCACUCGGUCUUCUACAAGGCCAAGGCUGCGUGCUCGAACGGCGGCAAGACCACCAACUCGACGACCGCGCCGACCAACUCGACGACCGCGCCCACCAACGUGACGACGGUGCCUGUCGUGACGACGGACGCGCCGAUCACGACCGUGUCGCCCACGACCAAGAAGCCCACGGCGACGACGCUGGCGCCCUCGGGUGUGUCGGCGACCACGCUGUCGGUUGUCGCCGCCACGGCGACGCUCGCAGCCACGAUGUGGUAAGCAGCGGCCCAUGCAGUACUCACUGAUCUUUAUAUAAACCCUGUGUAAUACGACUCUUUUUGACGAAAUAAUGCAAAUUACUUGGCAC